AUGCAUAGUUGUUUAACCUGACUGACACUUAUAUAUAUACUCUGUUGUGCAGCUCAAAAGAUGGAUAUUGAGGUUGGAGAUGAAAUUGCUAUUGUUGGAAUAGCAUGCAACUUUCCUGGAGGAGAUGGCAUUGACAAUUUCUGGAAAGUCCUGGAGGAAGGCAAAAACUGCACAGUCGAAAUCCCCACCGAGAGAUUUGAUACCAAGGACUGGUAUGAUCCAGAUGACAACAAGCCAGGAAAGAUAUGUACAACACGAGCAGCUCUGCUGGAUGAAUUUAAUUCAUUUGACAACCACCUGUUUGGCAUCAAUAACACAGAAGCUGAACGCAUGGAUCCGCAACAGAAGUUGCUGAUAGAGUGCACGUACAAAGCGCUGGAGGAUGCAGGAGUCCCUGUAGAAGCUGUCAGUGGCACCAAAACAGGUGUUUUCAUUGGUCUUAUGAAUCGAGACUAUGAAAUUGUAACAAGCAGGGCAGUGAGUGAAAUCAAUCAUUAUGAUGGUACUGGAACAGCAAUGAGCAUUGCUGCUAACAGAGUCUCCUUCACGUUUAACCUGACUGGACCAUCGCUGGUGAUCGACACUGCAUGUUCAUCUUUUCUUUUUGCUCUGCACUAUGCCUUGCGAGCAAUUAAAUCAGGAGACUGUGAGGCUGCAAUCUGUGGUGGAGUGAACUGCAUAAUAGAUCCCCGCACCUUUGUAUCUCUCAGUAAAGCAAAAAUGAUCUCUCCAGAAGGAAUAAGCAAACCGUUCUCCAAAAAGGCAGAUGGGUAUGGAAGGGGAGAAGGCUGUGGUGUUGUUUUCCUCAAACCUCUGAAAAAGGCAAAGGAAGACUACAGCAAAAUCUGGGGUGUGAUAAACAUCAGUGCUGUAAAUCAGAAUGGCAGGUCCACAACUCCAAUCACAAGACCCUCUCAGGUGGAGCAGGAGAAGCUGCUGCGCAGCAUUUACGAAAGCCGUGUUGAUCCCUCGGUGGUGCAGUACAUUGAAGCCCACGGAACAGGAACUGCUGCUGGAGAUCCUACUGAGGCUGAAAGCUUAGGCAGUGUCAUUUGUAAAAAGAGGUCUUCACAGGUUUCCAUUCUGAAAAUUGGUUCUGUGAAAGGCAAUAUUGGCCACACUGAAUCAGCUGCUGGAGCAGCAGGGUUAAUCAAAGUGCUCCUGAUGAUGCAUCACGGGAAGAUUGUUCCAUCCUUGCAUUACUCAAAGGAGAUGAGCAGCAUCGACACAGAGAAGUUAAACCUUACCAUUCCCACAGCUGUAGAGCCCUGGGAAGAAUCCAAGGAGUAUGGAAGAGUAGCUGGCAUCAACUGCUUUGGGUUUGGAGGGACCAACGCUCAUGUUGUGGUCAGGCAGGUAAAGCAGCUAGAGCCCCUGCCAGCCUUUAGGAGGCCUCUUGAAUUAGUGCUGCUGUCAGCAGCAUCGAGCAAGUCCCUUCAGAUGACAAUGGCUGACAUGGCUGAGCAGAUGAGCACCAGACACUCCAUCACUCUCCCCAGCCUGGCCUACACAUCUGCCUGCAGAAGAAGCCACGCCAACCACAGGUACCGAAGAGCUUUUGUCACAAAUUCUCUCCAACACUUGCAGCAAGAGGUUGCGUCAGCAGCAAGCACUGAGCUCACCAUGUUGAAGGGGGAGCCACAGCUGGUGUUUGUCUUCUGCGGCAACGGCGUGACGCUGCCGGAGUUCAGCGAGGCCCUGCUGAGCUCGGAGCCUCUCUUCAGAGACAAGUGCAAGGAAAUAGAAGCUCUUUUCCAGAAACAGGCUCCCAUCAGCCUCCUGCCAGCAGGAGGUCACAGCCCACAGGAUUUGCUGAACCCAGCACUUGCCCAGCCCCUGCUUUUCACCCUGCAGGUGGCCUUAGCUUCCCUUCUGAAAUACUGGGGCGUUAAGGCAGUGGCUGCCGUCGGCCACUCGGUAGGGGAAGUUGCUGCUGCACACUUUGCUGGGUACCUUUCCCUGGCAGAUGCAGUCAAAGUGAUUUACCAUCGGAGCCGGCUGCAGGCCAAGACGACUGGGGGCAGAAUGCUGGUGGUUGGCAACAUCCCUGUUGAAGAGAUUGCGGAACGCCUGCAUCGCUACUCGGGAAAGGUCUGCAUUGCAGCUUUCAACAGCCCCCUUUCCUGCACCUUGUCUGGGAAUUCAGAUGCCAUGGAUGCUGUCCAGAGAGAUUUAGCUCAAGCUUUCAGCCAGAGAAAGAUCUUUCUUCAUGUUUUGAAUGUUCCAGCUGCGUACCACAGCCCCAGCAUGGACACCAUACUUGAAGAGCUGGAAGAGAGCCUCCAGCCUUUAGAAAAACAGAAGGGGGAAAUUGAAGUGAUUUCAACACUGACGGGGCUGGCUGCUUCUGAAAAUGACUUUGCUCUGGGCAAGUUCUGGGCCCAGCAUACUCGUGAGCCUGUUGCUUUCACUCAGGCCAUCAAAACUGCAGCUAAAGACAGGGAAAAUGUGGUGUUUGUGGAAAUAAGUCCUCACCGAGUACUGCAGCGAAGCAUCAAGGAAACUCUGGGGAAAGACACAAAGGUUUUCUGCUCUUUGCAGUCCGGUGCAGAGCACCAGACGCUCUUCACCCUGGUAGGAAACCUCUUUGAACUGGGGUACAAUCCCAACUGGCAGCACUUCUAUGAUGGCUAUCAAAGCGUUCCCGUGGCCAUUCCACGGUAUCAGUUUGAGCGCAAAAAACUCAUGGCCUGUCUGGACAUCCAUCAACAAGCCAACCAAAGAGGUGUCAGCUCCAGCCACCCUUUGAUUUAUGGCAUGGGCAGUAACAAGAUGGAGUUUGGCUGCCUGCUGUCCCAGGACACAACGUCAUACUUAUAUGAGCACAAGAACAAUGGUGUGGCUUUAGUCCCCGGUGCUUUUUAUGUGGAGCUUGGUCUAGCCUCUGUGUUGAGCAGCUCAAGUCCCAGAGUGCCUCUGAGUAGUUGCCAGAUGAGCAUCAGUUUUUCUGCGCCGUGUGUUCUCACACAGAGUUCCCAAGUCUUGACUGUCAAGCUGAAUCCACAAAAGGCAGUGACAGCCUUUGAGAUCCUCUCUUCCUCCAAUGCAGUUUAUGCCUCAGGCCAAGUUGCAAAGGGUCCUGAAGCUGUGGUGGAAGAAAGCACCAUCUCCUUCCAAGACGUCUAUCAAAGAUGCAGAUCAGUGAUUAGCGGAGAGGAGAUUUACGAAUCGCUGUCUCAGGUUGGCUUUCAGUAUGGCUCCAUAUUCAGGCAGCUCAGGGAUGUGCAUUAUUGCCAGGAACUGAAGGAAGCUAUAACAAGCAUCAAGGUGAACAAGGAGACCCUCAGGGAGAUGUACAACUACUGUAUCCAUCCAGUGCUGCUCGACUGCUUCCUGCAGAUGACUGCUGUCUUGACCUCAAGGACAUUGCAGUCCAAAGCAGGCUUUCCUUCAGGGAUAGGCAGCCUGGUGGUGCUGCGACCGCUGGAGGAAGAGAUGAUGAUAUACAUGAGAACGAGCAAAUCCUUUGGGAACAGCCUAGAGGUCUGUGGAUGCUUUAUGGACAAACGUGGCUCUGUUUUGGCUGAACUGAAGCGUGUUGCCAUCACAUUCAUGAAGCAAACAUCUUCCAGAGACAAUGAGUUCAUGUUUGAAAACAAGUGGAAAGAAAUCUCUCUUGCACAGACAGUCGGACAUCUUGGGGCUUUGCCCAGAGUGCUGGUGUUUGCUGACAAGUUCGGGAUAGCUGAGCAGUUGAAAAAAUAUUUGCAUCCCAAUUCAAGGUAUGUUCUGUAUGAAGACUGGGAAGCCCACCUGGAAGGGAACGCACAGAAUAAAAUGAGAUCGGAGGUUGAGGAUUAUGAAGAAAUUCUGUUCCUGUGGGGAAUUCAAAAGUUAAAUGAGAAUUUCCCAAGCCAAGUGGUAGCCCAGUUGGCAAAGUGUUGUGAAGCCUAUCGCCAGGUCAUUGUGGCAUUAAGAGAGAAAACGUCCCGCUGUGCAGUCCGAGUGAUCACCUACAGAACAACAGAAAGAUAUGUAGACCACCUGAACUGUGGGUUUGCCUUGUAUGGCAUGACCAGAACUUGUGCCGUUGAAGUUCCAGAAAUCAUCUUUCAGAUGAUUGACCUCAGCUCUACCAGUUCCCUGGACAUCUCAGUGCUAGCAGACGUUCUUGUCAAAUACAAAAUCGGAGACUAUCCAGAAGUUUGCAUCAGCCAUGGCAGAAUUUAUGUGGCUGAAAUCAGACGCACACCCUUUGUUGAUGCAGAUUGCAACCAGCCCAUAAAAUCUCCCCAGAAGUCAGAAACAUUCACUUUGUACACUUCUGAUCCAUACACAGCAAAAGACUUGUCUGCUGAAUUAUACCCCAGCACUGCUACUCCACUUGACAGACAGAGUGUUGAAAUCCAAGUGGAUAAAAUAUGUCUCCACUCAGAAGAUUAUUUUCCCAUCAGUGUUUCGAGUCGAAACUUUGGGAAUACACUGUACUGGAAUUCACAAGCAGUAGACAAACAUGGGCUGCUAGCACUUGAUUUCAGUGGCACAGUAACAGCAACAGGCAGUGAUGUGAAGAAGGUUAAAGCUGGAGAUCAAGUGGUUUUAUGCUAUCCUGCUGUUGCCUCGUCCAGAGUUCGGGUUCCAGGAACAGUUUGUUUCAAUGUAAAGAAAUUCCCAUGCUUUCAGACUGUCCCUUGUAUGUCAUACUUUAUCAUUGCAUGGGAGAUCUUCCAUCAGAGAUUACCCAAGGGGAAACAUGGCAAAACAUUGGGUAUAAUUUCUACAGAGACAUCAUCAGUUUUGUGCCAGGUUCUUUCUGCGGCAGCAGAAGAGAUGGGUUGGAGACCAGUGCUUGCAGAGCCCAUUCCUGAUAAGUUCCACAACAUAAAUUUAUGCAAUGCCCUUGUUGUUCUUCCACCAGCAAAGAGGCUGUCUCAGGAGGAUCUAGCUCACAUGCACUUGCUUAAAGAUGUGGUGAUAGUGUGUGGCAAUCAACAGUCUGAUUGUAUCCAGAAUGUCACUGGAGUUGAUCAUGAAAAUGUUACCUUCCAUGUUGUUACACUUAGCAGCAUUUUCCAGAAAGCACCUCUAAAGGACUUGCAAAAAACUGUGCAUGCAUGGAUCAGUUCUCUGGAAAUGAAACACUUUAGGCAUCUGUCAGGUUCUGUUUUUCAGCAGACUAAGAACUUUGAAAGGGUAAACUCUGUGAUGUCCUAUUUUACCUGCAAAUCUGUCCCACUUGCGGUAGUGAGAAGGCAGAAGGACAUCACUGUGUCUUCAGAUAUACCAAUCUAUGAGCCCCCAAAGAAGCUGUUCAAGCGCAGUGCUAUUUAUGUAGUAGUUGGAGGCCUCACUGGGCUUGGCUUUGAAACAGUGAAAUUCAUAGCUGAGCAUGGAGGAGGGUGCAUUGCAAUACUCUCCAGGAGAAUGCCAAGCAAUGAGAAGCAAGAAGAGCUGAAUGCUUUGAGACAGCACUAUAAAGGGAGCAAAGUGGUGUUUGUGCAGUGUGAUGUUACUUCAACCAGUGAUGUUGAGAAAGCUUUCCAGUCCAUUGUGAACAUCUUUGCAGGAAGUCCAAUUAAAGGUGUAUUUCAAAGUGCUGUAGCUUUACACGAUGGCCAUCUUGAAGUUCUGACCUUGGCUGACUUUCAGGAAGUGCUGAACCCCAAAGUAGCAGGGACUCUAAAUCUGCAUUUGGCUACCAGAGGCCAGCAGCUUGACUACUUUGUGUGUUACUCCUCUGUUACUUCCUUUCUUGGAAACUCCACCCAGACAAACUAUGCAGCUGCAAACUCUUUCUUGGAUGUCUUCUGCCUCUACAGGAGGAACUGUGGGCUUUCAGGCCAAUCCAUUAACUGGGGUGCUUUGAACCUUGGCAUACUGCUCAAUCAAAGCCAUAUUCAGAACAUUCUGGAAUCCAAGGGCAUAGAUAUUCUGCAAGUGCAUGAAAUCCAUGAGUAUCUCAGGAAGACCUUACUUGUGAAUAACCCACAGCAAGCUGUUGUCAAAUUAAACUUCCAAGCUUUAUUUCAUCAUGUUUUCUCUCGGAUUAUUUCAGUCAAAAGUCGCUUCAUGUCAAUUCUGUUAGAAGAAUUCAGUGACAAGAUUGAAACACGUGAGGAAACUCAAGUCCAGGAUAGUGCCUUAAUCAAACCUGAAGACUACAUCACCUUAGUGGUGAGUGACAUCACAGGAUCGAAUGCAGAUGAACUAACCAUGAAUACAACACUUUCAUCUUUGGGCAUUGACUCCAUGUUAGCUAUGACAAUUCAGAACCGUGUCUUUCAGGAGAGGAAGGUGGACAUACCUCUUCUGAAACUGCUUGAUCCUCACACAACUCUGUCAAGUUUAGUAGUAGUUUUAGAAGAGAAAAGCAAUGAAAGCGGAGCAGUUCAGGAAAACAAUGAUGCAGUUGAAAGUGCAGAAAAUGAGAGUCGUCUGUAG